AUGUCUUCUUCCACUGCUACUCCUCAAUGCGCUUACAUUGGCUUGGGCGCUAUGGGCAAAUCCAUGGCUGGCCACAUUGCCAACAAGCUCGCCUCUUUGAACCACCCUGCUCUCUUGGCUUUCAACCGUACUCAAGCGCGCGCUGAAGAUUUAAAAAAGACACAUCCUGUCGAGGUGGCUUCUUCUUUGGAACAAGUAGCCAAGUCUGCUGAUAUCAUCUUUUCAUGUCUUUUAAAUGAUGCUGCUGUUGUUGAAACUGUGAAAUCCCUCAAGCCCCAUCUGAAAUCUGGCGCCAUCCUCGUUGAAUCGUCUACCAUCAGCCCCUCAGUUGCACAAGAACUCGCUGCUGAAUUGAAGCAAGUGGGUGUUGUCUACCUGGCUUGCCCAGUUAUGGGUCCUCCUGUAAAAGCAGCCUCUGGCGAUUUGACUGUCUUGAUGGCUGGUCCCAAGGAUGUUCGCUCCAAGGUACUGCCCUUGUUGAUCCCAGUUAUUGGUAAGAAGGUUAUUGAGCUUGGCGAAGAUGUGAGCGAGUCAUUGCGUUUAAAGUUGUGCGGUAACUUCUUUAUCACCAGUGUGGUGGAGAUGGUUGCUGAAGGCAUGACAUUGGGUGAAGGAGCUGGCGUUGGUCAAGAUAAGGUCAAGGAACUGCUUGAUUGUGUAUUCCCUAACUCUCUUUUGGGUAUCUAUGCUGGCCGCAUGCUGAACAAUACUUACCGCGAUCAAAUUGCUUUCCCCAUUUCUGCCGCAAAGAAGGAUGUCGGUCAUAUCACACACAUGGCAAAAGAGGCUGGCGUUUCUCUUCCCAUCACCGAGAUCUUUUUGGAAAAUGCCAACAAGGUUCAAGCAAAGCAAGGAGAUAUUGAUUUAUCUGGCAUCGUUGGAAAUUUGAGAGAGAAGGCUAACCUUGAUUUCGAUCUCGAAAAGAAGAAGGACUAA